GGCAUUUAUCCCCUUUGAGAUUCUUCUCUGGAUAACUAAUAGUCAGCUAUGAAAGACUCUUUGUCCAACCACCAAUUCCGAGCACAGUUGCUGUGCAUCAGAAGGCAGAAUCUAUGACUCUUGGCUUGGGAAUGGAGUAGAUUUCAGUAGCUGUCUAAGGAUGAAAUAAGCAUUACAUGGCCACAGCUGAGGUGGUAAACAUCUUUUGGAAUAAUUUACCUAGUUUGGAAGCCACUUCCUCAGUUGCAGAGACUAUGCAGUAUGGGAGUAAAUCUGACCUGAGCAAAGAGUUGAAAACAAAAGACGUUUUGUGAAAAUAUAACUUAAAAGCAUUUGAAUACAACUCCUACUUGCAAGUUAAAGUGAAGGUCAGAUAUUGGGGGAUUUAGAUGGAAUUCCUGUUGCAGUAAAAGACAACUUCAGCACAGCUGGUAUUGAAACAACAUGUGCAUCAAACAUGCUGAAAGGUUAUAUUCCACCUUACAGUGCUACGGUAGUUCAGAAGUUAUUGGAUCAGGGGGCUGUGCUUCUUGGAAAAACAAACCUAGAUGAAUUUGCAAUGGGAUCUGGGAGCACAGAUGGAAUAUUUGGACCAGUUAGAAACCCCUGGAGUUAUUCAAGGCAGUACAGAGAAAAAUCUGUGCAGAACUCCCAUACUGAGAAUGAAGACGCCAAUUGGUUGGUAACCGGAGGAAGCUCAGGAGGUAGCGCUGCUGCAGUGUCUUCUUUCACAUGCUUUGCGGCUUUAGGAUCAGAUACAGGAGGGUCCACCAGAAACCCAGCUGCUCACUGUGGAGUAGUAGGUUUAAAGCCAACCUAUGGACUGAUUUCUCGUCACGGUCUCAUUCCACUAGUGAACUCCAUGGAUGUACCAGGAAUUCUAGCCAGAUGUGUGGACGAUGCAGCAAUUGUAUUGGGUGUGCUUGCAGGGCAUGAUCCUAAAGACUCUACUACUGUGCAGGACCCCUUUAAGCCGUUUGAACUAACCAGUUUUAUAGAUGCCAGCAAGCUCUGUAUAGGAAUACCAAAGGAAUAUCAUGCACCAGGAUUAUCUAGUGAAACCCUGGCACUUUGGUCUAAAGCUGCUGACCUCUUUGAGAAUGCAGGUGCCAAGGUCAUUGAAGUGAGCCUACCCCACACACGUUAUUCAAUUAUAUGUUAUCAUGUGCUGUGCACAGCAGAAGUAGCAUCAAAUAUGGCCAGGUUUGAUGGACUAGAAUAUGGACACCGUUCCAGUAUGGACAAGUCCACAGAAGUCAUGUACGCUGCAACUCGACGAGAAGGGUUUAACGACGUUGUAAGAGGAAGAAUUCUGUCAGGAAACUACUUUUUGUUAAAACAGAACUAUGAGACUUAUUUUGUCAAGGCCCAAAAAGUGAGACGACUCAUUGCCAAUGACUUUGUGAAUGUUUUCCGUAGCGGUAUUGAUGUUUUGCUCACUCCCACCACUCUAAGUGAUACAGUACCAUAUGUGGAGUUUAUCAAAGAAGACAACAGAACCCGCAGUGCACAGGAUGAUAUUUUUACACAGGCCGCAAACAUGGCAGGGCUGCCAGCCAUAACUGUUCCUACAGCACUUUCAGAGAAAGGUUUGCCAAUUGGGCUUCAGUUUAUUGGACGUGCAUUCCAGGAGCAGCAGCUUCUUACUAUAGCCAAAUGGUUUGAAAAACAAGUAAAAUUUCCUAUGAUACAAUUACAGGAAAUGAUGGAUCAUGGUCACACUAUGUGUCACCAUCAGAAAUCAGCCUUUUUUUCAUAACAGAGGACUUGGUGGUUUUAGUAGUGGAAGUAGGGAGGAUUUUAGAAUAUCUCUCAAUCACUUUGUACUGUUUCAGAUUGAAAAGCAAUGUAAUCCUUCAAUUUAUUUGUACAAAUGACAGGCUGUAGAGUCUAAAACAUAUGUAUUAAAGCAGAAUGCAAGAGAGAAGCAGGGAAGCUUUGUUACUGUGUAAUUAAACUGAAGUGAGGACCAUGGUAUGUUCCCUGCUACUGUAAGAACUGCA